AUGGCGAACAAAUCCCAAUUCGCACCAGAAUGGGUAUUCAAGAUGGGAGCAGACACACAGGUGUUUGAAAACUCUGAGCCUAACGAGCUAGUGAGCCGAGAGUUCAGGGAUGUGUGUGAACAGAGCUUACAGGUAUUCAUUUUAUUCAUUAACGUCUUCGGCGUGUUCACCAACGGAAUCAACAUCCGGGUGUUCAUCAGACAGGGGAUAGCCUCAGACACCACCACCAUCGGCCUCUCCGCUCUAGCCUUGUCGGACCUCUUGGGCUGUUUCUUCAUGAUUCCCGCCUCCCUGUGCUACGUCAUCAAGUUUCUCGACUACACAGACUACCGGAACUGCGUGGCACUCACGUCUAUGCCAUGCCACUAUCCGCACGUGAUGUUCUCUCGAAUCACCUGCUGGCUCACCGUGUACAUCUCUGUGGAGCGCACGCUCUGUGUCAUGAUGCCCCUGAAGGUCAGGUUUCUUCUGAGACCAAAGGUGGCGAGGAACGUAGUUUCUUUCGUCUUCUUCUUCUUCGUCGUAUUUCACAUCCCAUUUGCCGCAAAUACCAGGAUAGUCUUGGAAUUUGACCCGGCAUUUAACCAAAGCAUGGCAGUAAACCGUGAAACCAAAUCUGGUCAAUUGUUUUUCUAUAUCAACAGCUUGUUAGGCACGACAAUACUGUCAACUGUUGCCAUGUUGAUCGUUGCCGUGACAACGUCCGUGAUGCUGUACAAACUGAAAACCACUCAGAAGUGGAGGAAAUCAGUCUCCUCAGUAUCCACCAAGUCCGCCUCCUCAUCCUCGAAAGAGCACGAAGUCUUUCAGACGGUUACCAUGGUGACGGCCAUCUACCUGGUCUGCCUGGUCGGAGGACACACGCCAGGAUUUGCCACGCUUUUCUUUCCAGGGGUCUCGUUGUCUGGGCUCAACAAAAAUCUGUUCCUCGUCAUGUACACCUUCAAGUUUUUCUUCGAUGCCGUCAAUUCUUCUGUGAAUUUUAUCUUCUACAUCCGGAUCAGCAGCAGGUUCAAAGCUGCCUUCAAUUCUAUUUAUAACCAUAACCCCCGUGAUAUGGGAACUGCUCCUUGA